AUGCUCUUGCCAUUCCUCGCUCCUUGCCUAGUCUUUUUGCUCGCCGUGUCAGUGGCAGUAUGCACACCGUAUCACGCUCCUGCUUCACUGCGGCCCAGAGAUAUCGCGGGCGUGGUCCGCGGUGUGAAUACAACGGAUGAAAAUGGCCACGUCUACGUCCGCCGCGAGAUCCGCGACUUGAAGGAGAACCACGCAGACCAGUGGAAUCUCUACCUGCUGGCGCUCGAGCGACUUCAAGGCAGUGACCAAGAAGACCCAUACUCGUACUACGGUCUCGCUGGUAUCCACGGCCGACCGUACCAGGUUUGGCAGGGCGCGCCAGGCCUCACACAUAAGCUCGGGGCGGCGAGUUACUGCCCUCAUAGCAACGAAUUGUUUCUCGGUUGGCACCGGCCAUAUCUUGCCUUAUUCGAGCAAGUGCUGCAUGCCCAUAUGCAGGAGAUUGCCGCCACAGCGCCUGUCAAGGAGGCAAAGCGAUUCGCAGCAGCCGCCCAGUCCUUCCGCAUGCCUUACUGGGACUGGGGUCUCGGGGGCGCAAAAGCUGUGGUCCCGGAGUUUUUCAUGCAGAAGAGUAUACGGAUUGUGGAGCUUGAUGGGGUGGAGACGAUGAUGAGGAAUCCGCUGUAUGCGUAUAGGUUCCAUCCGCUGGUGCCGGGAGACUUUACGCACAAGUGGAUGGGUAUCAACGAGACGGUGCGCUGGCCGGACUCGGACAACUUCACUGCGCCGUCGCGACAAGAAGUGUUUGCCCAGACCUUCAUCGAGCAGUCGACCAGUCUCAUCAGCGGCAUCGAGACUGCGUUUCGCGCCAGCAAUUUCUCGGGCUGGGCGAAACAGCUCGAGGAUCCGCAUGGCUGGAUGCACGGCAUCAUUGGCGGCGGCUGGGACGAGACGCAAAACAAGACAAAGUAUAGAGGGCACAUGUGGCCGCUGGAAUACUCUGCCUUUGAGCCGCUCUUCAUGCUGCAUCAUACCAACGUCGACAGACUCUGGGCCCUCUUCCAAGCCCUCAAACCAAACGUAACAAUGGGCACCUCCAACAUCGGCCCCAACGGCAACGUCUUCCUCGAAAACCACCAACUCGUAAACGACACCACCUCCCUCCUCCCCUUUCGCCGCGCAAACGGCGCCUUUUGGCAAACCCGCGACACGUACGACACCCGCGUGCUCGGCUACGCCUACCCGGAGACGCAGGCCUGGGAUUUCGCCUCGACAGCCGCAUAUCGCGCACACGUCACGAGCGCCGUUGCCACGCUGUACGGCAGCAAGACGCGCGCACUGCUCUUGCAGAGCAAGAAUCAAGUUACGGGCGGUCUGCUGGGCGCGUCGCUGCACGACGACGACACGUUUACGGAUUGGACGAUUGAAUUCGCUGUGGCGCCUGUCGAUGUUGGUGCGUGGACGCGAUUGACGCCUGCGACGCAUGAGCGGGCGACGACGAGUGUGGGUCGGGGUCAGAAGGGAGUGCUGGCCGAGCGGGCGACGGGGCAGGAUGUCGUGCGUGGGACGACGGGGUUGACGACGCAUUUACUUGAUCAGAUUCAGGCGGGGCAGCUGGAGAGUUUGGGGGCGGACCAUGUGGUGCCGUUUUUGAGGGAGAGGUUGGUGUGGAAGGUUUUGUCGGGUACCGGCAACGUCAUCACUGGCCCCUCUCUCUCCGCCCUCACCAUCCAAGUCGCAAGUUCCAAAGCGCAUAUCCCAGAGGACCCGGGCGCGCUGGUCGAGUACGGCAAGGAGCGGAAGCGGUAUCCGGAGAUUACGCGGGGGAAGCCAGGGGGAGGUGCGGCAUAA